AUGUCGUCGGUAGUGAAUAAGCGUCAGCAGGCGCGAAAUGAGAGGGCCUUGCAAGAGCUGAUCCGCUCUGUCCCUGGCAACGACCGAUGUGCGGAUUGCCAGGCGAGAAAUCCAGGAUGGGCUAGCUGGAGUCUGGGAGUUUUCCUCUGCAUGCGGUGCGGGUCGCUGCAUCGGAAAAUGGGCACACAUAUCUCCAAGGUCAAAUCCUUGAGUAUGGAUAGCUGGACAUCAGAUCAGGUCGAGAAUAUGAAACGAAAAGGCAACACAUUUGUCAACAAGGAAUACAAUCCCAAAAAUAUCAAGCCCGCCAUCCCUAUAGAUGCAGAUGAGGCGGACUCCGCAAUGGAACGAUUUAUCCGACAAAAGUACGAACACCGUAUCCUGGAAGAUGGGAAACCAAAACCGCCGAGUAGAGACGAUUCCGGAUAUCAUACGCAGCGGUCGUUUGAAGAAGCCCCGUCCCCCAUUGCUCAAUCAUCGCCUUCUCUUCCUCAGAAGACUGGGCGGAAAUUUGGCUUCGGGCUGCGUUCGGUGUCCUCAACGAGCCGCUUGGAACGAACAACUUCGCCUUCGUCGCCUACCACGGGUGCCGUUGGCUCCUUUUCAGCAUCACUGAACAAACAGUCACGGGUGUUCGGUGCCAAUGUCGGGGAGUAUGACAAUUCGGUGGACACAAAAUUGAGGACUCUCAGAGAGAUGGGCUUCCCGAAUGACAAGCGGAACGCCUCGGUUUUGAAAGGUCACCUCGGUGAUCUUGAACGUACAGUUGAAACAUUGAUGCGUCUAGGUGAAGGAGGACUUCAGAACACGGGUUCAGCUCCUUCAGUUCCUUCAAAGCCAUCAACCAGCGCCAGCUUGCCAACUCCUGAACCAAGCUCAAGUCGCAAUCCCAAAUCAGCAGCUGCUGAUGAUCCAUGGAGCAUAACUACAACCGUGUCAAGCUCGACCGGUGCGCAUAUAAAUCAGCCCGAUCCUGCGCCUACCAAGUCUUACAAUCCGUUCGAUGCCCCUAAUCCACAACCAGCGCCAGCUACAGGACUUGAGAACUCUUUCCAGAAUUUGUCGGUCAAUCAACCUCUUUUCCCUCAUACCACUGGUGGCUAUCCAAGCCAACACAUGCCGGCUCAGACGACACUACCCCAGCUCCAAACCUCACAAUCAUAUACAAACUCUCCGCAACCGUUGAAUUAUAAUCCAUUCUUCCAAACAACGUCUCUGGCUCAAACCGCAAAUCCAUACUUCAGUAAUUCGGCGCAGUCCACCCCCAUCCAGCCUACUCAAAGCUUAUCACCGGGCAAUCCAUUCUUUGGAUCACUCUCAGCGCAAUCAACUGGUGCGCAACAAAUCCAGCCUCCUUCGUUUCAAGGAUUUGCUCCUCGCCACGCCAACACCAUGCCUGUGUACCCGUCUGCAUCGAUGAUACCACAGCAGCAGCAACAACAGCAUUACUUUGAAUCCCCUCAGGCGGCGUACAAUCCCUUUAAUACACCCAACAAUCCUACCUUUAGCCCGCAACAACAACAACAACAACAACAGGUGCAGUCGCAGUCGCAACAGUUUUACCCCUCAUCACAAAAUCCGUAUCAAAUGCAGCAAGCCGUGCCGCAGUCUUCAAGAAUGGACAAAAAUAGCAUUCUGGCUUUGUACAAUCUCGCGACACCCGCAUCCACAAUGUCAACAAUCCCCGAACAAGCCCAGGCACAGCAAACACCCCCUACAAAUCCAUAUCAAACCACUAGUCCUGCGCCAUCACUAUUGACUAAUUCGGGAUCCACACCGCAAACUAUGCAGUUACACUCCCCAUACAACAACAUGCCUACACCCCAGCGCAGUGCAACCAUGCCUGAAAUGAUGUCACCCAACCCUCCUGAUGCUGCCACCAACAACCCCUUUUUCAACCCUGCACAACAACAGGUCUCAAACAAUCCCUUUCCAGCCACUGCAGUCCCUGCCACCGCUGCGCAAUCUGCUGCUGGUCUAGGUAUUGGCCUAGGACCAAAGCAAACAGCACCUCCGCCGUCAACAAGAAACAAUUUCAUGCCAAUUUCUCACAUGAGCAAGGGAAGUGUAGAUAUCAAUGGUUUUCAAAAUGGGCGCCAUAGCCCCGAUGCAUUUGCGAGUUUGAGUGCAAGAUUCGCCUGA